CUUGUGCUUGUGGAUUUUGUAGAAGGAGGCAUAUAACAGAGAUGAGAUGUCCAACACCACGUGGUACAAAUGUAAGCUAUCCGGUGCUGUUCGGUCUGUGUGAAAUGGCGAUAUUACAUGCUCCACUCGUUUUACUUGUGCUUGUGGAUUUUGUAGAAGGAGCAUACAUCGGUUGCUUCAAUGACAUUGCCGAACGGCUUUUAAAAGAAAACCAAUACAGUGAUUCUCAACUUACUACAGACAAGUGCAUUCAGUAUUGUUUCCAGCACGGCAACACUUUAGCCGGCACACAGUACAGUACGCAAUGCUUUUGUGGAAAUGACAUUGAUAUGAAUCAGUUAACCACAGAAGACGCAUGCAGCCGGGCCUGUGGUGGGAACCAGAGCGAGACUUGUGGAGGAACUUGGAAGAUGUCUGUUUACAGCACAGAUUAUCAGACUACUACGGAAAGCACGGUCUUGGCCACAACACAGUCGGUUGAAAUUGUGAAUAAUUCCUGUAUCUGUCAUUGUAAUAAAACCAGCUGGAUCUUUUCAACGAAUCUGACGACGGCACAACAACAGGAAAUACUGUCUGAAUUACAAGCUCAGCUUACAGUCUCAAAAAAAUCCACGUCAACGUAUAAACGAAAAUUUAACAGCGAGUAUGACUCUCGGCCAAGUAGUAUGACAAUGGGUUACGUCGCGGCGGCCAUCUUAGCCAUAAUGACAGUGGUGGUUGUCGUCCCUGAUGUCAUCCGUUUAGUCCUGUAUGCACAGAGAUGUCUCCAUUGUAACAAUCGGAAAUGAAGAAAAGGAAGUGAAAUAAAUCACGAAUUUGUAUCGAAUUUACUCGGUGACAAUGUACAAUUUCACGAUUACCAUCAUUCUCGUUAAUGGUCGGUUUAAGGAGGGAGCAAAUUCCAGGUCGUUCUCUAUGUUAGAUAAAAGUUACCACAGUCUGCAUCAUAAGUUUGUUUUUACCGAGUCGUCUAAAUUGCAACUGGAGGUAAAGAAAAUGGAGUUGUUAUUGCUAGUUAAUCAAUGAAUGAUGAUCAUGAUUAUAUAAUGAACAUAUUUCUCGAUUAUGUCAGGUGAGUUAUCAAGCUUUAAAAUCGGCCUUAAUUUCCUCCUCAAUAACAAUGCUCCUUCUUAGUCCCAAUUUCUAUAAACCUGUUUUUCGAAGGUGACCUUAGGAUGAUUUUCCAUGAUAAAUCCGGUUGCAAAGCAGGGUUCGAAAUCAAGGUCUAGCCAUGCGGAAUCUUUACAAUCGUAACACUGUUGUUCAUAUUUAAAUAUUCCCGCGUUUCGCUAGUAUAGCAGGAAUAAUUUGUCUUGUUCGACACGUUCAGCUAGUGUAGCACGUGCUGGGUGUGCUAUGACGUUGCGCAGUGAAUGCGAGUUGGUGGUCAUUUCUAGCCGUCGUCCCGUACAGAGUGGUCAUACGAAUGUUUCUCUCUAUUGUAGUUUAGUUACGGUCAUUGUCCGUAUUGUACACGAGUAUUUAGCAUAGGUUCCAGUGUUACCCCUGAGGAUAACUUGCAGUGGGAAGUAGUUAAUCUUAACUCUCCCUUGCCAUUGGAAGCAGAAUUCCGGAAACUUAUCCGGUUUUUCCUGAGCGAGCAGGUUGAUCUCUGUGAAAGUUUUUUUUACCCCUUUGUCGUUGGGUUGAGAAUCAUUUGGUAGCAGUGACAUUGUUAGUCCGUAUAUCACUUGUAAAUUCACUGUUUUUUCAUGUUUGACAUUAAACGCCGACCGCUAUUUACACGGCGGGCUAGACGGCAAAUAAUUAUUUACGGGGAUCCUUAAUGAACACGAUACAGAUUAUGUACUGCAAUAUAAGACCCAAUAAAACUUUAG